ACUUCCUGUCUUACGGUGAAUGCAAAUCUGACCAAUAGACUCUGAACCUAUCAAGUGCCAGUGCUCACAUGGGAAUUGAAUUCCCUAUAAGAAGCAACUUGCCUUUGCUCAGUCUGCAGUGUGCACUACUGAACUUGAUGAUGGCAGAGCCCAUUGAUGCUUUUCAGCAGCUGAAAGAAAAGGUUCAGCAUCUUCUGCUGGACAGAGUGGAAGAAACAACAAAAGAGUUAGGUCGUGGAUCUUAUGGAGCUGUUAUUGAGUUGAAGGUUGAUGGGAAGAAAUGCGCUGGAAAGAAACUCCACAAUUGCUUAGUUGCAAGUGAACCUUGUCCGGAAAAUGAUUACCAACUAGGUAAAUUUGGUGAUGAGAUUAUCCUUCAGAGUCAAGUAGAUCAUCCCAAUAUUGUGAAGUUGCUUGGUGUUCAUUAUUCCAGUGGUUCACAAUUACCAAUGCUGGUAAUGGAGUUUCUUCCUCAUACUUUAGUCAAACUACUCGGCAAAGAUCAAGACAUCCGAGAUGAUCAUGAUCUGGAUCCAUAUUCUGUUCUUCUCGAUGUUGCUAUUGGUCUCAGUUAUCUUCAUUCACAGCAGCCUCCCAUUAUUCAUCGUGACCUGACUGCCAGUAAUGUACUGCUGACUGAAGACUAUAAUACUGCAAAGAUAUCAGACCUGGGAGUAUCUUUAGUCAGCAAAGAAAGACACAAAAGAUUAACCCAAACCCCUGGUAAUUUUCACAUAAUGCCACCAGAAGCUUUUUUACACAAUCCGGUUUAUAACGAGAAGUUAGAUAUCUUUUCUUUUGGUUGCCUUAUUCUACAUAUGCUCACUGGCCAACUUCCUGCACUACCAGUUGAUCAAUCACCUUCUGUUAAAGCCUUCGCGUCACAAUGGGAAAGGAGAGUUCAUGGAGUAGUUGAAAAAGUACUAGAAGACAGUCCUGUUGGAUUAGUUUCUUUAGCAAAGCAGUGUCUUUCUGAUGACCCACCUAAACGGCCCAAUAUAAUUGAAGUAUUUGAAAUAUUAAAAGCAUCAAAUGAAAAAGUAUUAGAGCCAAAUCUUUAUAGAAGAAAUAGUCAUAUUCUUUCAAAGAAUACAUAUGAAAAAGAAUAUGUAUCUGUUACGAAAAGAAGCACCAAAUUAAUGUAUCUUCACUUCAAGACUAAGAAAAAUGGCCAACUCAAGCUCACAUAUGACAUGAAGACAUGUGUUGGAGUGCGUCAUAGAAAAAACUUAGAUCGUGCUAAAAGGAAGUGGCCACAUGAUGCUGAUCCCAAAUGUUGUUUUAAAGUGACUGAUCAGGAUAAAGCACAUAAUUUAUAUCUUAUUGCUGAUAAUGAAUAUGUAGCUCAAGAAUGGGUAAAAGAGUUGAAACGUUAUGUAAAUAUGAAUAACAUAGAUAAAAGAAAAGGAGAAUUCAGUGUUGAUGAUUUGCAGGAAUUGUAUGAUACGUUGGCUGCUGAGGAAGGAUCACUUCCUUGGGAUAAACUUGGUGCAUCCUUGGGCCUUGUGGAUAGCACAAUAAAACAAAUUGAAAGAUGCUGUUUGACUGAGGAAAAUUGCCUUAAGGAGUGCUUGUCACAUUGGUUAAAAUGGAGUGAUUUAGUUGAUGAUAAAGGAGGACCUACAUGUGAAAAUCUGAAAGAAGCCUUGAAACUUGUAGGAAAAGAAGAAAUUGCAAAUAGAAUUGAUGGGAAAUUUUCACAGACCAGAGAUACUGAAAGCAGUGCGCAAGAUGUCAAAAUGAAUGAGAGCAUAGGAAGAAGUACAAAGAAGAGAUUUGGCAGAGAUAGGCAAUACACAAUGCAUGCAUCAGUACCUGAUGAGGCUUAUUAUCUCUCACAUAACAAGAGGUCCUUUAGUAGUCUUGUUGUUAUAGCUAAUGAAACGCCAGCAACAAUUAUAUACCAUACAUGUUUUAUUGCCAGAGGUCAUGAAGGUUGCUAUGUUGGAUUUGAUAACAGUGUUCCACCAGGAAUUACUACAAGCUACUGCUUUGAGAAGUGCACAAGUCCCUCAGAAGGUUUAGGAUGUGCUGCCAUGAUAUUUUUUUCAGCCACUACUUGUGAACCAGAGCCUGUGCAGUGUUUUUUUGUGGUUGCAUUCCGUAACUACACAAUAAAGUUGAGAAAACCAAAUAAAACAGCACUCAUGAUUCUCAGUUCAUCUAAGUCUAUAAAUGAAUUAUUUGACUUACUGCACUAUGACAGAAUAAUUGAUAACGAAAAAGAAAAUCCAAGCAAUUUACCAGGCUGUUAUAUUGGUGACAAAUACCCAACAACAUUCAUGUCAACUGGUCGUGGUGAUAAAAAGGCUCUAACAUUUUCAUCUAUUGAAUUUCAUAUGACUAUGGAUAGUGACAACGAUCAAAGUUUCUCAACUGUCACAGUGUCACAUCCAAAAAAUUAAUAAAACAUUUUUCUUGUUGAUUUAAAUUAUUUGCUUUUAAUACUUGAUAAUUUUGUUUUGAUCCAUGCCAAAAAUAUACUUACACAUGUCACGUUUUUUACUACUGUAUUUCAAUUAAUC